AUGAAAAUUUUAAUUUUAUUUGUAUUGUUGGAACUUGUUGUUGUCCAUGGAUUUUACAUGCAAUUAAUGGACAGAAUGUUUAUUUCGAACAAUUUUGGGAGAUUCUUACAACAAAAUGAUAGAAGUUUGUUAACAACGCCUCCGCCUGCCUGUGCAAACUUAAUGACUGAGUAUACAGGAACUGAGGAUAUCUCAACCGAAGGAGUUCAAGCCGGUUUAUUUGAGUCAAAUCCAGUUUAUGUUGGUAAAGCAAUCGUCAAUGGCAGUUACAUCACGAUCACAAUCCAUUUCAGUCCAACCGAUGGCUACUGCGUCUACAUCAAGGACAAAACUUGCACAAAAAGUUUCGAUUUCCUCAAAAAAGUUGCAACUUAUGAAUACAAUUGGAUACCAUCGCAAAAUGGAAUUGGUGUAUAUGAUGCAAUUGACGGAAUUCACGCAAUUGGACGGAUAAUUAAAAAUUCUUUUACAUCAAUCGGUUCUGUGCAGUAUGAAAAAGGCUUUGAGUUUGUGAAUGAGACGACACAUGACGUGGAAUUUGUGACUGAUGGAUAUGAUGUUUUGACUUGCACUGUCUUAAGUAGCACUUCUUAUGAGCCAACCGAGAUUACUACAACUCCUGAUCACACAACAAAAUUUGAGCCUGAAUAUACAACAAUUACUGAAACAACAACUUCAUAUUUAACAUCAAUAGAACCAGAUUAUAGAUGUAGAUAUUCUCAUUCACCCUACACAGGUUCAGAAGAUCUGUCAGUCCAAGGCAUACAAGGAGGUCACAUCAAUACAAAUCCAAUUUACAUUGGAUAUGUCAAAAUACAUGGUUCAAUGGUCAAUGGACCAAUAUUAAUAGACCCGUCUGGAGGUUAUUACAUGGACAAUGGAUUCGGAAACUACACAAAAGAUUUUUAUUAUUUUCAAAAACUAGUUUCAUACGACUACUUAUGGAUUGAAUCUAGGAAUGGACGUUUUGAACAGAAUUCAGUUACAGGAGCUUUCCAAGUUGGAAAAAUUACAAAAAAUGGAACUGAUUUUGUCGGUUCUAUUUUAAAUAAUUUAGGUUUAAUAUACAUGAACGAAUCUUCAUAUAGUUGGUACUUUCAACGUGACAAUUAUCAAGUUUUAUCCUGCUUAAUUCCAAAUGUAGUGUACCCUACGACGGCAGAACCACCACCGAUGCCAGAUUACGUUCCAACUCAAUCUUGUAAUCAUUCUUGGGUCGACUACACUGGACAAGAGGAUUUAUCAAUAGAUGGAGUAGUUGCUGGUCAUGCAGGAACAUUCUUAACCUACAUUGGUCUAGUAAAUGUCUCAAAUUCAAUGCUGCUUGGACAAAUUCGCCAUACUGCCGAAAACAAUUACUGUGUCGACAUUGGAGACAUUGAAUGCACUGACAAGUUUAAAUAUCUACAAAAAGGUCAACUUUAUUACACUUGGAAAAAUACUUCAGAUUGGAAUUAUUAUGCAAAUAUUGUUAUAUCUUUGUGA